AUGACUGCCUACGAUACGUUCCUCACUCCCGCCGAACUAGAGGCCUUCGAAGAAGGAAUCUUCGCCAAUGAACCGAACAUUGUGGAUACGUCUAGGCAAGAUGCCUUCAUUGAUACAAUCUUCGAUUUCAAUUUGUUUGAAACCGCUCCACCGCAACCCGAUAACGAUGUGAUCGAAAUUGAAGCAACGCUGGGCCGCUACACUAACCGUAGCGCGGAAUUCCGCCACGACACCGCUAACGCUACGCGUGUGGGCCGCAAAAAAGGGCCCACUACGCUGCGCUACAGCAGUUUUUAG